GGUUCCGGAGUGGAUCGCACGCAUGCGGGGCUCGAUCGGUCUUCGGGCCAGCUUACGUGGGAAGAGCUAAAUUUGAAGGCGCCUCCAUCCAAUGAUGACGUCACGGCCAACUUUGGCCGGGGCCGCCAAAGACAGCCCAGCCCAGCCCAGCCCGGGCGGGGAGGCGGGCGGGCGGGCUUGGGUUGGCUGGGAUGGCCUCUGUCGCCCUCGUGGGGCUUUCUGUCUUUUGCGUCGAGGACGACGAUGCUGAUGCUCGUUCGCCUCCUCCAGCUGCCUUUCGCCUCGCCUCUAUCUUCGAGGCCCGGAGCCCUCGUUCUGGUGCGACACUUGUAAUGCAGAGUCUGCUGAAUGGCUGUUGGAUGAAGGAGCAAGCGCCUCGCUGCGGAGCUUUGGGUUCGACGAGCCACGGCACUUUUCGAAGCAUCAAGAAAGGAGUUCGGACGACGAUACGGGACGAGUGGUGGUGUUGUUGUUGUUGUUUCUCGAUAGCGAGGUACAGUUGUUUGGAUUGAGGAUGCAAAUCCCCGAGUGGAUGACGUCCAUGCGGCAGCAGGUCGAUUCGUGGGCGCAGCAGCAGCGCGCUGCGUUGAGUGUUCCUCCCCAGAUGACGGGGUGGCCUCCAUGGCAUUGGCAGUUGAAGCUGCCGUGGCAUGAGGAUAAGAGAAGGAAGCAGGAGCUGCAGGAAGAGUACAGGAGGCGGAAGGAGCAAAUUGAAGGUUUGUGCGCUGCUUUGAAGGUCGAAAAUUUAGCGGAGUUGCAAGAUGUGUUAGGCGCCAUGGUUCUUGCCGAAUGUGUUUACAAGAGACCUGAUUCGGAGGUGGUACGACAUGUGAAUAUAUACAAAUCCGACUUCGGAGGGCAACUGGUGUCCUUGCAGCGCAUUCAGCCGUCUUUGGAACACGUUUCACAUAGAUAUUUAUUAGCAGAGGGUGGAGACACGCUGUUCGCAGCUUUCUCUGGUACCAAGCAUAUCAAGGACUACCUAACAGAUGCAAACAUUCUACAAGAAGCUCUUUUCCAUGAAGACGAUGUAAUAGACAACACCCAAGAAGAGCUCGACGGGAGCGACGGCAAGGUUUUAGGUCAAGGAAACCUGAAGCCAUCAGGAGGUAGCAAAGAUUUGUCAAGCGUAUCGACAGUGAAGGGGAAACCGGGUGGCCGCAAACCUUCCGUUCAUCGAGGGUUUUACGCCCGUGCGAGAGGUAUACCAGCGGAGGAUAUAUACCGGCUUGCUCAAAAGAAAAACUACAAGCUAGUACUAUGUGGGCACUCGCUGGGCGGAGCGGUUGCUGUAUUGGCAACGCUUGCGAUACUCAAGGCAUUUGCCACGCCAUCGGUCAUGAAAGCAGGCGGGAAGCUACAGAUCAAGUGUAUAACAUUUUCACAGCCUCCGGUUGGAAAUCCUGGGCUUCGAGAUUAUGUUCAUCGAAAAGGCUGGCAACAACAUUUUCGAAGUUACUGUAUACCAGAAGAUUUGGUUCCCCGUCUUUUGUCACCCGGCUAUUUUCAGCAUUACCGUUCUCCGGUUGACGUAGUAGCAGAAGUUCCACUGAUGGAAGAAGAGAAUCGAACCGCUGCUCACUCAGAAAAUGGAAACGCUGUGGAUAGUGACCGCAUGGUUUUAGGGCUAGGACCUUUUUCCAAGUACAUGUGGCGGUUGCCUAGACUUGCUCCUAUCGUGGGCACACCGAGGCGUUUUAGGUGGCUCAAAGGGGCACAGGAACAAGAGAAAGUCUUCGGAGGCCAAGAGUCAUCUUCGGACUCAAAUACAGAGGUCACGCCCGUGGAUAUUGAAGAAGAACCAGACGGAGGUGCUUUGACCGUGGUAACAUCUGAAUCUGAAACUAAGGUUGAACUUCCUGUGGGAACGGAAAAGGCGAUUGUUGUAUCCUCGACAAAAGACGGCAAAGGUGGCAAUCCUGCCAGUUGGCUGACUACAAGGGUACCACCGUUACCGUCAUAUGUACCAUUUGGUGAGUUAUUCAUUCUGGACAGUGGGUCAGUGGAGCAAUUGUCUGCAUCAGAGUUCACGCAGUUGACUUCGGUGCAAACAGUUGUUCAAGAGUUGUUAGACCGCUUUCAGUCCCACACCAUGAGAUCCUAUCGACAGCGAUUUCAGAGAAUAUACGAUUCUUGCAUGAAGGACUACUCAUCAAGUGUAGGAAUGGACCAUCUUUUACAUCUGCCAAACUUCCAGCAGUGGUUCGGCGUUCUAGGUGCACGUGUUGCUGAGUUAGGGAGUAUAUAUGAACCCAUCAUCUUGAGAACAGCUACAGCUUUAGUACCACUAGGUUGGACGGGACUUCCGGGAGACAAGGGGUCCAAUCCCUUAAUUAUCGAUGUGCAGGGUUUCAACUUGCAUCACUGCUCUCAUGUGCGUGCUCAGGUCAAUGGACGCUGGUGCUCUGCAACUGUAGAGUCCAAGCCGACUUCACCAUAUAGCAAGCAAGAUCUCCAACAAGUUCAGCCCAAGUUGCAGAAAAUGCGCGUACGUAUAGGACCCCCAGUCGAUAAGGCUCCGCGGAAGUCGAGUCUUCCAAUUGAAACUGAUGCUGUUGAGGGCUCUACUGUUUUCAACAAACUUGAAAGUUUCCCAAACACGCUGGACAUUCUGAACAUGGGGAGAAAGGAAUAUAGUGGCAACGAAGUUCAAGGAUUCGGGGAAGUAACCCUUUACUGCAGCACAGACUUCAUGUCUGCUACUCAUGACGUCAUCGCAAGAAUGAGACGCGUUCGACUUUUAGGCUUAGAGGGUGCUGGGAAGACUUCUUUGUACUGUGCCUUGCUUGGAGAUGAGGGCAGAACCUUGAGUAGUAGCGAUGGUGGUGUGCUUCCCGACAUGGACUGGCGAGAAGGAGUCGCUGGUGGUAUCAGCUAUGUCGAUGCGGCUGGAGUGAACUUGCAAGAUCUGUCCAAUGAAGCGGAAACUUUGAGGCGGGAGUUGUCAGUCAGCGUAGGGCAGUUUGGAAAGAAGCUAGAUCUUGUUAUUCUUGUGCAUAAUCUUGGUCAUAAAAUUCCUCAAUUGCACCAUGUCGGUGAAGCAACAACACCACGACCAGCCCUCUCUCUACUUUUGGACGAGGUCCAUGCCGCUGGAAUACCACUUGUGCUAGCUAUUACGAACAAGUUCGCUGUUAGCGCUGAUCGUCGAUUCGUUGCUGCUCGAACGGUCAUGAACACCUAUCACAUCCCCUCAAAGCAUUCAGUGGUGGUCAACUCUUGUCCUCAUACUGUGCAUGGUGUUGCAAGCGAAACUCUUGAGUCUCUCAUCUCUGCAGAAGAAGCGGCCUUGAAAGGACCAGUUCAACCGAAGGUUCAGAGUGCUGCACAGCGGCUCUUGUCAGGACCCAUGAACCUUGUUCCUAGGCCUUUUCGUAAACGGGAGGUGGUGUUACCUUCAGAGGGCGUCAAGAAACUGACGUCCCUUGUGCACGAAGUGCUGUCAACCAAAGAAGAGGCAGCUUCUGAGGAACUUGCGAAGGAACAGCUUGCUCUGCAGACAGCGGAAGAACUUGUGCAAGCGGCGAGAGAAAAUGCAAAACUUGGUGGGCAGAAAUCGGGACCAGCGGCAGCAGCUGCGGUGGGAGCAGCAUUUGGAGCAGGUUUGGGAGUGUUUGUGGCCAUUGUUGUGGGUGCAGCAUCAGCAUUAAGAAAGCCUUGAGUUGAAGAGCUAGUUCACAGGCUCCAUGUACAGAAAUUAGCACAUUUAACCCAACUGUAUAUAAUGUAGACUUGGGAGUGCUAGGACUAGGCGUAUUCAUCCAUUUUGAACUGUUGAAGUCUUAGAUACAGACAGAUGUGGAAAUCCCGAGCUGUGUUUGGUAGUCAGAGAAUCGCGCUUGUCAGGUUCAACAAUUUGUCCCUUGCGCUUAUUAUCUGUGCAGUUGUGCACGUCUAACUGACAGGAAAUAACGAAACGAGAUUCCCUCAUGCUUAUUCUCCAGUAAGCUACGCCUGAUAUGAUCGAUUUAUACUGGAAGUAUUGUCUUGAUACCAAUUCCUUCUUUCAAUUACCUUGCGAUAUUGUGGAGACUAUCAACCACGGUCAAAAGUUACCAGUGAUAAGAUCGCACCGCGACCUUAGUCUCACUUGGAGCUGUGAUAACUUUGGACCCAAC